ACUCCAUUGUCACCAUGGCGAAGAUGUGGCACUUCCCACUCUGUGUUUUUAAUGAUACUGCAGGCUGCCCUUUAAUGAUGAUCAUUUAGAGUUCAAGCUAAAUCUCUACUCUUGUACUCAUCUAUUGUUUGUGACCAUGGGCAAGUUACUUAACUUCUUUAAACUUCAGUGUCUACAUCUAUGAAAUGAAGUGAGUGGUUAUCAUAAGGAUUAAAUGAGGAGAUGUAUUUAAAGUGGUAAUAUCCACAUCUCCCUGAAUGGAUGCACAGUUAUAAUGAAGAGCUCUGGGGAAACCUGGGAAAGGACUUCAAUCACAUCAGUGUUGAACUCAGUUUCCCAGGGGAAAAAAGAAGAGGUUUUGGGUUGACAAAAGGAACUUUUGCACUGUCUGUAGUCACGUAUGGAACAUUAUCAAGGGUUUUACAUUGAGCUUCUGUAACAAGAACUAAGGUUUAUUUACUAGAUUUGUAAGCCCGUGACUCUAUUAAAAUAACUCUGGAAGCACAUAAAAAGUAAAAGUGCUAAACUGACAAUGAAAGAAGACAAUAGAGUCCAAAAGUCACUCUCGAGUUGGCCUAAAAUCAAGCACCAAGCAAAAGAGAAGCAUCAUGUUUCUCUAAUGGAAUUAGAUUGGUAAGAAGAUGAACAGACCUGAGUUUCCAACCCAGCUUCAACCCUUGCCAGAUAAUGAUAGCUGACAUGGAUACAGCAAGCCCUGUUAUGACCACCAUUUUCAGCACAUUGGCCAGUGAGAAGUCCUUAUCUGACUGCAAAAAGGAACGGCAAUGGAAACCUUCAAUGUACAGCAGCAUAACUCCAGUCUGCUUUACAAGCUCUCUGAUUGAGAAGCCAAUUGGCAAAGAAAGCAUGCCUCAGACUCCUCCCUUUUCAGCAAUGUUUGACAGCAGUGGUUACAACCGAAACCUUUAUCAGUCUGCGGAGGACAGCUGUGGAGGAUUGUAUUACCAUGACAACAACCUCCUCUCUGGAUCCCUGGAAGCACUCAUCCAGCAUUUAGUACCUAAUGUGGAUUACUAUCCGGAUAGGACAUACAUAUUUACCUUCCUACUCAGUUCUCGGUUAUUUAUGCAUCCCUACGAGCUAAUGGCCAAAGUCUGCCACUUAUGUGUUGAACACCAGAGGAUUAGUGAUCCUAACAGUGAUAAGAGCCAGAUAAGAAAAAUUGCCCCCAAAAUCCUUCAACUCCUGACAGAAUGGACAGAAACAUUUCCGUAUGAUUUUCGGGAUGAAAGAAUGAUGAGAAACUUGAAAGAUCUGGCUCACCGAAUAGCCAGUGGCGAGGAGACAUAUAGGAAGAAUGCCCAUCAGAUGAUCCAGAAUUUGAUCCACAAACUUACUACCCUCAGCCAGUAUGAGGAAUUCCUGGCCAAAAUCAGCUCCACAUCCACGGAUCGACUCACAGUCCUCAAGACCAAGCCACAGUCAAUACAAAGGGACAUUAUCACUGUUUGCAGUGAUCCUUACACUUUGGCCCAACAACUGACGCAUAUAGAACUGGAGAGGCUCAAUUAUAUUGGGCCAGAAGAAUUUGUUCAGGCAUUUGUGCAGAAGGACCCUUUGGACAAUGACAAGAAUUGUUACAGUGAACGGAAGAAAACACGGAAUUUAGAGGCUUAUGUGGAAUGGUUUAAUCGCCUUAGCUACUUGGUUGCUACAGAAAUUUGCAUGCCUGUAAAGAAGAAGCACCGGGCAAGAAUGAUUGAGUAUUUCAUUGACGUAGCUCGCGAGUGUUUUAACAUUGGCAACUUUAAUUCUUUGAUGGCAAUAAUCUCUGGCAUGAAUAUGAGCCCAGUCUCUCGGCUAAAAAAAACUUGGGCCAAAGUGAAGACUGCCAAGUUUGAUGUUCUUGAGCAUCAAAUGGACCCUUCUAGCAAUUUCUAUAACUAUCGAACAGCUCUUCGUGGGGCAGCACAAAGGUCUUUAACUGCUCAUAGUAGCAGGGAGAAGAUUGUGAUACCAUUCUUCAGUCUUUUAAUCAAAGAUAUUUAUUUCCUCAAUGAGGGCUGCGCCAACCGCCUUCCAAACGGCCAUGUCAACUUUGAGAAAUUUUGGGAACUGGCCAAACAAGUGAGUGAAUUCAUGACAUGGAAACAAGUGGAAUGUCCAUUUGAGAGGGACCGGAAGAUCAUGCAGUAUCUGCUCACCGUACCAGUCUUCAGUGAAGACGCUCUCUACUUGGCUUCCUAUGAGAGUGAAGGACCUGAAAAUCAUAUAGAGAAAGACAGAUGGAAGUCUUUAAGGUCAAGCCUCUUAGGCAGAGUUUAACGAGCGGGACGCUGAUCGCUGCUGCUGCUGCUGCAUCUCCAGUCCUUGAGCCACUGGCCUUUGUUUUCUGGCAUCUACGGAAAAUCACGAAGUCCCUGCAAGUGAGCUCCCCAAGAGCAGAUGGGGAACUGAUUUCCCACAGCUGACAGAUUGACUCAGAUUUUGUGAGACUGAACUGUUCACUGAAGACACUUGGGAAUGAAUCCUCCUAAGAUCCCAGCGCUGCACAUGAUUCAUCUCCUGGAAUUUCCAUGUGAAUCACAGCUCUGCACCUGGAUGGAGCUUUCUUUUGUGUGUGUUUUUUAUUUGGUUGAACAUUUGCUGCUAAUGGGACUUGUCCAGCUGAGUGCUGGCUCUUAGGAAGCCCAUGUUUCUUUGUUAACUUAAAUGAAAAAGGGAGAGGAGGGAGGGGAAAACCCCCUCUGUAAGUCCCCAACCUCAGCUCCAUCCGUCUUGCCAGGGGGGACAGACUGGUGGACUCCUGCUCCCCUCGUGCGUGCUGUCUUGUGAACGCCUCUCCUCCCUCUUCCUCCAAGGUUUUGAGUUGGCUGCUGGUUAGCAAACUCCUUUUUACCCAUAUAAGUUAUUUAAUAUAAUGAUGAAGCUCAACACUGUGGUAGGAAAAUAGCCACUAGAAAAAGAAGCAGAGUUUGUCAUUGGACUUUUUAAUGGUCUAGAAGGACUUUCAUUUUCUUUGCCCUGCUCAGCUGUUUACAACUGACCACUGUAUUUUACGGAUGUAUUUUUCAGUAGUUUUUUUGUUAUUUAGUAUUCCAUUAUUCCUACUUUUUUUCUCUUGUAAACUUAAAUGAUCUGACUUUUAGGGUCUUGGAAAAACCCAGAGCCUAAUUACAGUUUAAUUUUUUUAACAGACUGUUAUUUUCAUUCAUUACCUUUUGGAGUCUGUUGGUGACUAAACAUGUGAACAAAGAAUACAUUGGAAAACUUACACCCCCCCACCCCCACCCCGCAGACCCUCCCACUGCAGCAGUGAACAAAACAAAUGAAAAACAUCUUGCUGUUAACUUAAAGGUCGACCUAAUUGUGAAAUAGUUCACCUUGUUAAACAUCUAAAUAAGUCUGUAGUUGCUCUGCAAACAGCCGUUAUAUUUAUUUACUCUAGGAGAAACUGUAGAGUAGUAAACUGUGCUAAUGAAAAACAAAACAUCUUGUUCAAAACAGAGAUGUAUUUGAAAACAUAAUGACAUUGUUUGGAAAAACAGCAUGUAUGUUUGCUGCACGCCAUCUCAGUAGACCUGAAAUGCCUCCAAGCUGUCCCUUUACAGCCAUCAAUAUAUUUUACACUC